GUGAAGGGACACUUUGACACUUCCAUUCGUUUGUGUUCGAUACGAACGAGGUCUCUCUCAAAACCCAAAGCUCCAACUACCUCUUUCUUCUGAGAUUCUCCGUCAAAUUUGGCUUUGAUUUUUCCAACAUCCGCUCACCACCUUCUUAAACUUCUCACUCUUCUUCUUCUAUUCAUAACAUCAACGCAUUCUCUCUCUCUCUCUCUCUCUCUCGCUCAAUGGCUCAGAUUGUGGCAACAACACGAUCCAUUCAGAGCACCCUUUUGUGCCCUACUUCAGGAUCUGCAAAUGAAAGGGCGCGUAAUCUCUUAAAGCCUCCAACUUUUUCCUCCAAGGUUUUCUCAUCAAAUGGGAUCAACAAGUGCCCCCAAGAUGCAUUCAGAAGCUGCAGGAUCAAUGCGAGGAAAUCUGCAUCUGUUGAAGUUAUCCCUGUCUCCGCUGAAGAUGAUCCAAAGAUUGAGGAGCAAUUGCGUGGUGUGCCGCAACUUCUUGAUGCUUCGAAUGGAAUGUGGUCGAAGCCCACGUUUAGGCGCAAGACGAAGAUAGUUUGUACUAUUGGUCCUUCCACCAAUACCAAGGAAAUGAUCUGGAAGCUGGCUGAGGCCGGCAUGAAUGUCGCACGCCUCAAUAUGUCCCAUGGAGACCAUGCUUCGCAUCAGAAAGUUAUUGACUUGGUUAAAGAAUAUAAUGCACAAGCAAAGGAUAAUGUAAUUGCAAUUAUGCUUGAUACUAAGGGUCCUGAGGUGAGGAGUGGGGAUCUGCCACAACCAAUCAUGCUAUCAACUGGACAGGAAUUCACUUUUACUAUCCAAAGAGGUGUUGGAACUGCAGAUUGUGUUAGUGUGAACUAUGAUGAUUUUGUCAAUGAUGUGGAACCUGGGGACAUGCUUCUUGUUGAUGGUGGUAUGAUGUCGUUGAUGGUAAAAUCUAAGACAGAAGAUUCCGUUAAAUGUGAAGUUGUUGACGGAGGAGAGCUCAAGUCAAGAAGGCAUUUAAAUGUUAGAGGAAAAAGUGCAACACUUCCUUCCAUCACUGAGAAGGAUUGGGAUGAUAUCAAAUUCGGAGUGGAUAAUCAAGUUGAUUUCUAUGCUGUCUCCUUUGUUAAGAGUGCUGAAGUUGUGCAUGAACUGAAGAAUUAUUUGAAAAACUCUGGAACUGAUAUACAUGUCAUCGUAAAGAUUGAAAGUGCAGACUCUAUACCAAAUUUGCAUUCCAUUAUCACUGCGUCUGACGGGGCUAUGGUUGCCAGAGGAGAUCUUGGUGCUGAGCUUCCUAUUGAAGAGGUUCCACUUUUGCAGGAAGAGAUAAUCAACUUGUGCCGUAGCAUGGGAAAAGCUGUUAUUGUGGCCACAAAUAUGCUGGAAAGCAUGAUUGUUCACCCAACACCAACCAGAGCGGAAGUAUCGGACAUAGCAAUUGCUGUUCGAGAAGGUUCUGAUGCAAUAAUGCUGUCUGGAGAAACUGCCCACGGAAAGUAUCCGCUAAAAGCUGUGAAAGUAAUGCACACAGUUGCGUUACGUACAGAGGCUACUAUACCAGGGGGUCAAAUGCCACCUAAUAUCGGUCAAGUGUUCAAGAACCACAUGAGUGAGAUGUUUGCAUACCAUGCAACCAUGAUGUCUAACACCCUUGGCACUGCAACCGUCGUCUUUACGAGGACGGGUUUCAUGGGCAUCCUACUGAGCCACUAUCGACCUUCUGGGACCAUAUUCGCCUUUACUGAUGAUAAACGAGUGCAACAGAGAUUGGCACUGUAUCAAGGAGUCUGCCCUAUAUACAUGCAAUUUUGCGAUGAUUCUGAAGCGACCUUCAGACGAGCCUUGGAUUUGUUGAAGAAUCAAGGAAUGGUGAAAGAAGGAGAAGAAGUAGCACUUGUACAAAGUGGUAGGCAACCUAUAUGGAGGUCCCAAACCACACACAAUAUCCAAGUUCGGAAAGUGUAAGAUCAUAAGAUCACAAUAAUGGAGAGUGGUAACUGAUUUCAGUCUUAGGAAAUAUACACUACCAUGUCAUCUUAUUUAACACUUUGCACAUUGAUGCCAGUCUUUACUUUUUCUUUUAUAAUUUGUUUAUUCAUUUUAUGUUUUUCAGUUUAUCAGGAACAAACUUCUGUAUAUGUUCUUGAAAUUUGGGUGAAAAUUUUGAAAUAAGGCAUAGGCCAUCAAGGCCUUUGAAUAUACAUUAGUACUUUA